GGUUUUCUUGCUAUGGGUCAGCGCGCUGGAGCAGGGCUUCUGAUCCUUAGCAUUCUUUAGUGGCAUUCCUAGAGUGACCUAGGAGGCUCCCCAGGAGGAGACUAGGUGGCUUAGCUCCUCAGCCUAACUACUGCAGAAACCAGGAGUGCGUCCCCCUUUUCGGAUUCUUGACGUCAAGCUCCGACAGCCUUGGAGCGUCGCAAGGGCGGUAGAGAGCUGAGGGAGGGUGACAGGGAGGGGAAGCCAUUGCAGCAACAGCUUGGAGGAGGGAGCUGGACGUCGUCUCUCGCCAGAAAAACGGGGAGCAGGAGCCAGACUAGGGGAGGAAGAGGACUGGCCCGCUCAGGGAAUAGCUGGGUUGCUGCAAAAAGGGGCGGGGAGAAGGCGGGGGCGCUGCAUGCAGCGCGCUGGCUCCAGCGGUGGCCGCGGGGAAUGUGACAUCAGCGGCGCCGGGCGCUUGGGGCUGGAGGAGGCAGCUCGCCUCAGCUGCGCUGUGCACACCUCGCCCGGGGGAGGACGCAGACCCGGGCAGGCGGCAGGGAUGUCGGCGAAGGAGAGGCCAAAGGGCAAAGUGAUCAAGGACAGCGUCACCCUCCUGCCCUGCUUUUAUUUCGUCGAGUUGCCUAUAUUGGCAUCAUCGGUGGUUAGCCUCUAUUUCCUCGAACUCACAGAUGUCUUCAAACCUGUACACUCUGGAUUUAGCUGCUAUGACCGGAGUCUUAGCAUGCCGUACAUUGAACCAACCCAGGAGGCAAUUCCAUUCCUCAUGUUGCUUAGCUUGGCUUUUGCUGGACCUGCAAUUACGAUUAUGGUAGGAGAAGGAAUUCUCUACUGUUGCCUCUCCAAAAGAAGAAAUGGGGUCGGACUAGAGCCCAACAUUAAUGCUGGAGGCUGCAACUUCAAUUCCUUCCUCAGACGAGCUGUCAGAUUCGUUGGUGUUCAUGUAUUUGGAUUAUGCUCUACAGCUCUCAUUACAGAUAUCAUACAGCUGUCCACAGGAUAUCAAGCACCUUACUUUCUGACUGUGUGCAAACCAAACUAUACCUCUCUGAAUGUAUCUUGCAAAGAAAAUUCCUACAUUGUGGAAGAUAUUUGCUCAGGAUCUGACCUCACAGUUAUCAACAGUGGCAGAAAGUCCUUCCCUUCUCAACAUGCAACCCUUGCUGCCUUUGCAGCUGUGUAUGUUUCGGGCUUGUACGCUGUGGGGAAUUUCCUGCCCAGUGAUGAGAGUAUGUUUCAGCACAGAGACGCCCUCAGGUCUCUGACAGACCUCAAUCAAGAUCCCAACCGACUUUUAUCUGCUAAAAAUGGUAGCAGCAGUGAUGGAAUUGCUCAUACAGAAGGCAUCCUCAACCGAAACCACAGAGAUGCUAGCUCUUUGACAAAUCUCAAAAGAGCAAAUGCUGAUGUGGAAAUCAUUACUCCACGGAGCCCCAUGGGGAAGGAGAACAUGGUUACCUUCAGCAAUACCUUGCCGCGAGCCAAUACCCCAUCUGUAGAAGACCCUGUCAGAAGAAAUGCGAGCAUUCAUGCCUCUAUGGAUUCCGCUCGAUCAAAGCAGCUCCUCACCCAGUGGAAGAAUAAGAAUGAAAGUCGAAAGUUGUCCUUGCAAGUUAUAGAGCCUGAGCCUGGACAGUCACCACCCAGAUCCAUAGAAAUGAGGUCAAGCUCAGAGCCAUCGAGGGUAGGGGUGAAUGGAGACCACCAUGGUCCUGGCAAUCAGUACCUCAAAAUCCAGCCUGGCGCUGUCCCCGGGUGUAACAACAGCAUGCCUGGAGGGCCAAGAGUGUCCAUUCAGUCCCGUCCUGGGUCCUCACAGUUGGUGCACAUCCCUGAGGAGACUCAGGAAAACAUAAGCACCUCCCCCAAAAGCAGCUCUGCUCGGGCCAAGUGGUUAAAAGCUGCUGAAAAGACUGUGGCCUGUAACAGAAGCAACAGCCAGCCCCGAAUCAUGCAAGUCAUAGCCAUGUCCAAGCAGCAGGGUGUCCUCCAAAGCAGCCCCAAGAACACUGAAGGCAGCACGGUCUCCUGCACUGGCUCCAUCCGCUAUAAAACCUUGACAGACCAUGAGCCCAGUGGGAUAGUGAGGGUUGAGGCUCACCCAGAGAACAACAGGCCCAUCAUACAGAUCCCGUCCACUGAAGGUGAAGGCAGUGGCUCCUGGAAGUGGAAAGCCCCUGAAAAGGGCAGCCUUCGCCAAACUUACGAGCUCAACGAUCUCAACAGGGACUCAGAAAGCUGUGAGUCUCUGAAAGACAGCUUUGGUUCUGGAGAUCGCAAGAGAAGCAACAUUGAUACCAAUGAGCAUCACCACCACGGAAUUACCACCAUCCGCGUCACCCCAGUAGAGGGCAGCGAAAUUGGCUCAGAGACGCUGUCCAUUUCUUCUUCCCGCGACUCCACCCUGCGGAGAAAGGGCAACAUCAUUCUAAUCCCUGAAAGAAGCAACAGCCCCGAAAACACUAGAAAUAUCUUCUACAAAGGAACCUCCCCUACACGGGCUUAUAAGGAUUGAGUGAUGUCCAUUCCAUCAUUAGGGCUACUCCCAAAAGACCAUAUGUUGAUUCUACCUGUGUUCUGUUCCAGCGAAUUGGGAAGUCUCACCAAGCUAGAUUGUCUACCAUCAGCCCAGAACUCUGUAACUUUUCAGAACUGCUAUACUCAAACUUGUAGAUCUCACAUCAAGGAGAGGGAAAAGCACAAUGCAAGAACCUAACUAACGUGAUGAUAUGAAGAGUUUUCUUAAGACCUGUCGUCAAACUUAAAAGGUUUUGCAGAGGGCAGUAUCAAAAGAAAGUGGUUUUCUUCAAAUGUAUACUAUUUUACUUCCUGAAUGUGCCAACUUUGGGGAUUUUUCUUUAUAGUGAGCUGUGGGAACCCAGAACACACACGUUUUCCCUACAGCAGAGGCCAUGCAGUAUUAUAUAUUCAUUUUGCAGAAUCUGCACCUACAGCUCAAUACGGGUGGUGCUGAUUAUUAUAGUACAUAUACCAUGUAAACUCUCAAACUCUAUUUAGCUGUGAAAUAGUGGUGUGCAAUUCCUUGUUAAAGAAAUGCUACUUUAUUAAGAAGAUGCUGGCUGCUUUGUGUUAGAAUAGGACACCCCGCAGCUUCUCUGUAGUGGCUCUGUCACAGUCAAAAAAUGAAAAGGUUUUUGUGCGUUUCUUCAAAAUUCUGCUUUCUUCAACAUCAAAAAUUGUGUAGAAAUAUUUUCAGUGAAAGGGAAUAACUAGUACUUUUCUGCAUAGUUUUUCUGCUGCUUACUUUUUAUUUAAGUAUAGGUACUGCUAAUGAAUCUGUUCUCUUAGUGAGUAAAUUUGCAUAAUUUUAUAAAUAUUAUUUUAGAGAAUCUUUUGAAAUUGUUGUGAUCAUAUUUUGCUUUCUAUGGCUUCUCCUUAACUUAUUGAUUAAUUUUUUGAAGUUAUAGAUAUGUUCUCCUAUUUUAAAAGCAAAAAUAACAAUUGACAUUCCUUGAGCAAAAUAUACUGCUGUGAAUUUGCAAACAAGAAAUCUGAGCCAAAACUUGACAUUGUGGGUUACAUUGCCAGAAAUGUUGGUCAAGUUUGCCCUUAGAUGUGUACAACUAGCUGGCAUAGGUUGCCAUCUUAACAAGUAAUCUAAAAGUCCCAUUUGGUUCUACAUCAUUAACUUUUUUUUUCUAUAUCCUGAUGACCAGUAAAUUAGAGCCACACUGGUUAAGUUUGACUCGUCUCUAAAACAUUUUUGUUAAUUGGACAGCAAGAGGAAGAAUCUGAAAAAAAAUGCAUGUUGGUAAGUAAAAGUAUCUCACGGUAUAAAUUAAGAAUGACUUUCUUCAAAAUAUCUGAAUAGGUGCAGUUUUAGUUUAACAUGCAAACAACCAUUGUUGCUACCUAUCCUGAAUCAAGCCUUGAGCCUAAAUCAAAGCAAACCAAUACCAUUGAUAAGAAGAAGAUAAAAACAAAAUAUUUUGGAGUGUUUUCCAACUUAAAGUAUGAAGACAUACUCAGUUCUUGGAACUUAGUAUUAAACCUUUUUUACGCCAUUUCAUAAGAAUUCCGAUAUAUACUUGAUGAUUGCCAAGGGGAUGAAAGGAAACAACAGAGAUGGUUGAUCUGAUCUUAGCUCACUUUCCAAUAACAGAAGGAGUUGUUUACAGAUGAAUAGUAUCACAUCAUUAUCAAUUUCCACAUGAAAAAGGCGGAGCUUUCUAGAAAAACCAACCUCUAAGGCAUUAGGAAUUUAGCUGAAACCAGCAGAAUUGAAAACUCUGGCAAUAAAACAUGGACUCAACCAUAUCCCUUCUGGCAAUUUCCUUCUCAGAGAGGGGAGUGGGAAUAAAAUGUUGCCUUCCCCACUUCUCACCACCACCGCCAUCAUGACGCUCAUACUGGCUUUUGCCUGUUUGUAGAGGGAAGGGUGGGCUGGUUUUAGUACUCUGAAGGACAAAAACAAGCAAACAAAAACCCCUGCUGCAGCAUUUCAGGUGCAGUAUGAUAUUUCCUAAUCUUUCCUAUUUCUUAACAAAAGAUUUUAAAGUACUUCUCUUGUCAUUGAAGUUUUUUUUUCUUUACAUAAAUAUUGAUAUAUUCUUUUUCUACUCAAAGUGCCAAAGGCUACAGUUUUUAAUGACUUAACAAAUUGUACCACAUUGUUAAGGACAUAUAAUGAUAGACACUAGAACUCAGACCUCUGCAUGUAUAUUUGAUAACAUGUCUUUUGUAAAACAAAAAUUACAAAAAAAUUUGUUUACAUUCCACUGGUACCUUAAUUUAAAAUAAAUCAGACUAAAAGGUGGUAUCUCUUCUUAGUGUUCUAUUUAUCUUAUUUGCUAAUGGGAGCACUUCUUCCUUUGUUAGGCUGUGCUUUACUGAUAAAACCAAGUAUUGAAUAAAGAGAGUUAAUUAUCUUUUUAAAGUAAAUAAAAUUAUGAAAAUAUAUAUAGUAUAUAUAAAGUAUUGUGUUUAAAAAAAUGUUAUGCAAUGUUUUCCAAACUGAUAAAGUUUGUAAAGUGCUAUAAAUGUAUUUUGUUAAGUACAGAUAAAAGCUAUUGUGUGGGUAUAUUGUGCUAAAAUCAUAGAAAUAAAGAUUAGAUUUCUUCAUCAAAA